AGAGAAUGACUUAAAACAAUUUGGAGGUGCCAAGGUUUUCUCAGAGAUGUUGGAGGAUUUAAAGUGUUUGGAAGACAAUGGAAUUACUGUAGGUGAUGAAACAGUCAAAGGGGCUCUUUAUUGUAUUGCUGGUGAUAAUCUGGGUUCACACAGCAUUGGUGGAUUUACUGAAAACUUUAGUUGUUCUCAGUACUUUUGCAGAUACUGUGAAAUCACACGAAGUGAGUUUCAGAGUGAUGAUCCAAAUGUGUGUGGUCCACAGCGCACCCCAGAAAGUUAUGAUUCCGCUGUUGGUGAUCUACAAACUGAAGGUGGAGCCAGUCAAGGCAUCAAAGGCAUAAAGAUAUGACUGACUUGGAGCAAACAUUUUUACGAACUGCCAUAACUGAGGUCUUGCCUGACCUUUCAGAGGUGACAAAAGAUAUUCUAGAAGAGACCUUACAAUCCAUUGGGGUGGAAACAUUCGAUGAUUUUCAGUUUAUUGAGGAAGCCGAUUUGCUGUCAGCGUUAAGGCCAAUUCAAGCUCGCAAAGCCCUGGCUGCUUGGAAGCUGAAAUGCCAGACUCCUGAAUCAAGUAGCCCAUCUGUUGGUGCCUCACCAGGACCUUCUGCAUUCUUUCCAUCACCCUCACCCAGAAGUUCAUCCUCAGCCUCUUCCAGCAGCUGCCAAAGCCCUGAUAUAGAUUGGGUGGAUAGCUUUGUAAUACCUUGGGAAAAGUUCCCAGAAGAACUGACGCAGUCUUUAGAGAGAGGAAAAAGACCAAGUCCACGAAUGAGACGAGAAAUGGUCCGAAUUGUGGUGUGCGAGAUGAUGCGAAAGAGUUCUUGCAUAAGUAAAAGGAUCUCUACUGAAGUUGCCAAAAAGAUGGUGGCAAAAUAUCCCAAAUCUCUGCAAGACGUGAUUGAGGGAGAUGUGGUUGGGCCAGGGUACCACUCACUAGUCAAGCAAUUGCAAUACAGGGUAGACAAUGUAAAGCGGUCCUCAAUCCCAAAAAUAAGAAAACGAAAGCAUUGCACUGAUGAGUCCGAUACAGACGAAGUCCCUCCAGAAAAGAAAGCAGCAAUCCAGGAUACAUAUGGGUGCAUUAACUGGGACGUAAAAUUUCUGCCCCUUGGAGAGACCCCAGAGAGCCAACAAGAAAAGAAUGAAAAACUGAAGAGGAUGUCUCAGCAAACCAAUGCAAAUUCACAGGAUGUCAAGCUUUUAAUGAGAGCAACUUUCUACACACAGCGCAAACAAGUCAACCAGGGGAAAAAUAUUAAAUUCCUUCUGGAAGAAUGGCCAUUUUGGUUUGACGAACUUGGCAUGGCUGUCCACUUUAAGGAGCUCACUGGAAUUGGCCUAAAAGAAACAUUCACACGAAAUGUGGAUCUGAAGGGGAAACGGCUCCUGAACUACUUAAAUACUGUGUGUGUGAACAGAAAAAAGAAGUUCCUCCAGGCUGUAACAAAGUGUAAAGUGAUGAGGGGAGAGCUAAGUGGUUGCUCUGAAGAUGUCAAAGAGAUUGUGCUGCUUCUGCUGUCCUACUUCGAUGAGAAGGAAGAUUCGAUGUUCUCUUAUGUGGAUGACACAUGCCUGGCAGGAGAAGUACAGUUGGACCAAGUUCAGCUGACUCCCACCAUCAUUGUGUGUGGGCGAACUUGCUAUUCUGCGGGCAGGUUCAUGCUGAGUGUGGAUCGAAGCAUUGUACAAGAUAACAUCGCUUCUUUCAUUUCUGCCCUGUGCAUGAUGUUUGGGAGCUAUUAUUGCUUCAACAUUGCUUAUCCAUCAGAGCUGGCAUCAACCCUGGAGUUUCUGCAGAGGUGUUUCUUCUCAAUCAACCCAGAGAAAGGCACUAAAGUGGAGAAGACCAGCACAUCCCGUCUUCCUGUGAACCCUAGAGUGCUUACCUUGAUUCAGGAACUUUCAGAUCAUGAAUGGCGUGAUGUUUGAAUAUGGACUAAAUAUGGAUUUAUGGUAUGUGAUGUGCCACACUCAACAUUUAAAGUUUUGUUUUAGAUCACGUGUGCAGUUCUUUAAGUUUAUGGCUCCAGUCCAAUCACAUUUUUGAAUGUAGCAAUUUCUCUGCUUUUUGGCCUCCUGUUGACUAGGAGUGUUUUCACAUUUGAAAGCCAUGGUUUGUGUGUUAUAUUUUGUAUAUGUUUAUUCCAGUUAGUUUUGAUUUAACACUGCAGUUUUGUGAGCACACUAAAGAAUGUGAUCUUUAGGUCAUCUUGACUUACAUAGGCAUCAUAAACUCCCAUAUCCCAUAAGAGACAUGCCUGAUAGCAGCUUGUUUUCAGUACAGGAAGUUAGUUUAGUCAGUUAGUUUUAGUUGUAAUGUUAGUUGUAAUGUGUUCCUGAUUUCACAUUGCAUGUGCAUCCGGCAGAAGAAUGAGCAUAAAAAUUACCCUCUUGUUUAUUUUAUUACUGCCUAUAAAAAGGGUAAACCCAAAAUUAUAGUACAUAAAGAAAUCACCUGCGUAAGCCGCUGUACCCAUACUGCUGCAUAACCUGUGCAUGCCAAAGGGAUUUUAAAGAUCCUUACAACAAAUGUUAUUGUUCUUCUUUAGAUACAUAGAAUUGGAUUUAAAAGCAGGUGUCAGUCAAAAAAUAAUUGCAUCUUUAUUUUUGAGUUGUAAUAUUUCCUCAUUCACACGUCUAUACUUCAGUGUAAAUAUCGAUUGAAGACUUUGAUUUGACUAUUGUUACCGUCACAUGAAAAACAUGCAACAUGUCUUAAACAGCAACUUUACAGUACAGAGAUAAAAUCUUAUCUUUCAAUGGAAGUCAA